GCAUUGCGUUUCUUAUUGUUACAGCAGUUGACUUCAGCGAAUGGUUUCAGCAAAAUAUUAGUCAAGCAGGAAGGAGAACUAUAUUUAUUGUGGGGCUGGUUCUUAUCGCUAUUGGAACUGGGGGUGUCAAGGCAAAUGUGAGUCCCUUCGGCGCUGAACAAGUGGAAUAUCUUGGCCAGGAGGUGGUCAACUCUUUCUUCAACUGGUUCUACUGGAUUACAGCUGUUGGCUCUGUGAUUGCGUACACGGGCAUCGCUUACAUUGAACAAAACAUCAGCUUUGUCUGGGGCUUCCUCGCCCCAUUGGUCAUCAUGCUGACUGCUGUGAUUGUGUUUGUGCUGGCCAAACCUGUGUACAACACAUCUAAACCUCAAGGAAGUUCUCUGAAGACGUUCGUUGCUGUUGUCCAUCAGGGACUCUGGAGGAGCAAGAAAACCUCUCAGGUGCUCGAACAUACGGAAGAUACCAACACCAAAACAACGACAGACAAGUCUUCUGAUGAGAAAACGUUUCUGAAUGGCGCCAGACUGAGAUAUGGCGGGAAACACCAGGAUGCCAUUGUUGACGGUGUUGUCAGCGUCAUCAAGAUACUCCCAUUCUGUGCGCUGGUUGUUAUGUUUUGGGCCAUCUAUUCACAGACACAGAGUUCAUUCUUUAUCCAAGCUCUACGGAUGGACGUACGCAUCGACGAUGUUAAAAUACCUGCAGCAAUGUUGAGUACUUUCACAAAUUUGACUAUUGUACUCAUAAUUCCGGUGCUUGAUAGAGUUAUCUACCCGUGCAUGAAAAAAUUAGGGCUCCCGAUGACGCUGUUAAAGAGGAUAGGGAUCGGACUAUUGUUCUCCACCCUUUCCGUGGUAGUGGCGGGGUUUGUGGAGAUUUAUCGCAAGGAAAGAAUGAAAGACCCAGGUGGAUCCCAUGUCCAGACGCUUGCUGAUAAGAACUUCACCGCGUCCAACUUGUCUGUGUUCGUACAGUGUCCACAGUUUAUUCUCAUCGGCAUUGGCGAAAUUUUCACAGCGGCAACAACCUUAGAAGCCGGCUAUACUCAAGCGCCACCCAACAUGCAAGGCCUUCUGACUGGUUUGUUCUACGCGGCUUCUGGUAUAGGAAACUUCCUGUCUCUGGGCAUCAUGCGGGCUGUUGAAAAACUGACAGAGGACGAUCCCUGGUGGGGUAACGAGAUCAACGACACGAAGAUGGAGAAUCUGAUGUUUCUACUAUCCGGCAUGAUGGCUCUGGAUUUCAUAAUCUUUUGUAUCAUAGCAUUUCAAAAGUCAUAUCAAAAUAUGGGGACGUUGGGUUCUGAAACCACACAAAUAUCUAAAAGAGAGGAAAGUUAA